AUGAGAAAUGUUGAAAGUCAAAUUGAAGUUGAUUUACUCGCGAAUAUCUCACAGUAUGUUUCUUGUUUUCUUUUUCAUAAAAUAAAAAACAACCUGAAAAACUUUCCAGUUUGGAUUCAAGAUUUUUUGAUGAAGUGAUUCGUAACUUCAGAGUUAAAAUGUUUCAUAGUUCAGAAAUGAUUUUUUUCUUUGGAAUAAUUCUAGGAGAUGGAUAGAACCCUCAGAAUGAGUUUUUUGUACCACUAGGAAAUUCACUGUUUCAAAAUUAGUUUUCGAAAGAGUUUAUGAAAAAUUCUCUAUUCAAAAAAUUUGAUAGUUAUGAAAACCUCCCAAAGUGCAUCUUUUAAAGCCGAAAUCGGUUAUUUUCCAGGGAAUUUGGAGGAGAUAUUCCCCAAGAUACACAAAAGGAAAGAAAAGAGUAGAAAUAGUGUGAUUGGAAGAAAUGGUGAGAAUUUUGAGAGGAUUUGGGUAAAAAUUUGGAAUUUUUAGAUAAAAAUAUGAAUAAAAUGCAAUAGGGUAAGAGGAGAGAUUCAGAGAAAAACUUAAAAGAAUUCAUGUUUUUUUUUAAUUGGAGCCAAAUUAUCAAUUACGAUGUAAUAAUCAAAAAACACAUCUAAAAAAUUGACAUAAACAACACUCCUCAUCCCCCCUUGUUUAGCGUAAAUACACACAUGAUGAUUAUUCCCCCCUCUCCAUUGUCUAGUCUUCCAUUGCCUAUUUCUUUUCUUUUCUUUCCUUUUCUUUCAUUUUCUGUGCAAUUUUCGAAUUUAUGAUAUUUUUUAAUUUUGUAUUUUGAAUUUUACAGUCCCUGAUGAUGCUCAGCAUUUGCGGGCGUAGCUUAAACGUAGACAGAGGGUGCAUUUAGCUAAUGCGUAGCUACGGUUUAGCUACGCAUUUUUACAAGCUGACCGCGUUGCAAAGCGAGUACUCUCGAGUGCGCUGCGGUCGUUCAUUUCGCUUUUUCAUUUUUGUUUUUCACGGCCUAAAAUUGCUGCAAAAUCAGAGUUUCAUCGACUAAAACUGGUUUUGAGAAGGUGAGUUACAUUGAAAAACUUAUUUUAACCAUAAAUAAUGUAUAAAUUUGCAGAAAAACCGUUUAAUUCGCCCAAAUAAUCAAUUUUUCGACGAAAAGAGGAUUUCAAUCAAAACAAUGUGAUUAUGCUGUCGAAAAGCUAAUUUUGGAAACAAAAAGUGAGUUAUUUUUUGAUUAUCAUGAUAGGCAGAGUCUAGAAAAUGACGGUUUCCUGAAAUUCCGUCUAAUCUUCUGUAAUGAAGGAAGUUUUAUUGAAUUCCUAGGUCUUGAUGGGUAUUUUCAUUUGUCAGUCUAUUUUCAGUUCAAUAAAUCAGUUUUUUCAGCCCGGAUUUCAUCAUUCAUCAAUCGGAACAAAAAAAUCACAUUUCCAACCAGAAAACAGUCACCAACAUUGUCAUUUACACCAACAUCAAAUCAAUUGUUAAAUAA